AUGAAGAAGAUGAGCACGGCCUCCACGGCUUCUCUACUUUCUCUCCUUUUACUACUCAUUCUCUGUCUCUUCUUAUUUCCUCUUCAAUCCCUCUCUAAAUCCGAUCAUCUUUGCAAAGCAUGGCUUGUUCAGUCAAUCCCAACAGACAUGCCCGACCUCCCUCGUGUCGCCGGUGUUCUUUCUACUGCCGACGUUUUGCGGUGGUUGGCUGGAAACUCUACCCAGAAUUUGGACAUAAUCGCGCAGUACUGGCAGCUUAUAGCACAACCGGAAGAUACUCGGUCGGGAGAUUAUGGAUUCUCUAAAGAGGAUUUGGAGAGGUUCGGUGCUAACGAAGGCUUCCAAGUUUAUAAGUCCAUCGAAAAUGCCGCUGAUCGCAAUGUCAAUGUCAGGAUCUUACAGCAUUCUGGAGUCUAUCCUGAUUAUACCAGUGAAUCAUCAAACCUUGCUUCAGGGAGAUCAAAUGUUGAGAAUAUUACCUUAUUGCUUAGUGACUGGUGGGGAUCUGGUAUUGUUCAUACAAAAGUCUGGAUAUCAGAUAGUAAAGACGUCUACAUUGGAUCUGCAAACAAUGACUGGAAAUCUCUCACUCAGGUGAAAGAAGCGGGAGUUUAUCUUGUUGGUUGUCCAAUGAUAGCAAAGAAGGUGGAGAUCUACUUCAACAACCUACGGAAACUUUCAUCUCUGAAUUCUUCAGCUUACACAAAAACAGUAUGGGAUCAAGAGUGGCAGGCUGAAAGAAAAGUUCCUUGUUGGUCACAUUUUGUCCAUUUUGAAGAGAGAUGCAGAUCACCUCUUCUUCAUUAUGUGGAGGUUCCCCAUGUAGUUGGCUACCCAAUCCUGUCAGACCCCUCCAUGUUUCGUACUCCAAUCAACACUCCUGGAUACAAUAAUCAAACCUCAAAGCAUGAGUCCAGCUACCUAUCUUUUGCUCCUCCAGAGCUGUCAUUUGGUAAGUACCAAGCAGAUGAACAGGCAUGGGUAGACACAAUAAAAUCUGUGGGGACUGGGGCAACUGUUAGAAUUAAUACCAUGGACUGGCUUGGUCAAUCUCAAUACUUGAAGCAAACUGUUUAUUGGGCAUCCCUUUCAUCUGCAAUAUCAGAGGUGAUCUUCUCCAAGCAUGCAACUGUCAAGAUACUAGUGGCAUAUUGGACGCAUAUUAUCCCCAACACAGAUCAGUAUCUAAAGUCCCUUCUGUACUCCAAUGCCCUCUGUGCAUCUUCGAAGUACAACAAAUGUGCGGGUAAAGUAGAGAUCAAGUACUACAUGGUGCCAGGUUUCAAUAGGACUGGAGCCGCCACAAUUAAUGGUACCAGCACAGGCAACAGUUAUCCUGGUUACUCAAGGGUGAACCAUGGAAAAUAUGCAGUCAGUGAUGUGAGGGCACACAUUGGAACCAGCAAUCUUGUUUGGGAUUACUUCUAUACGACAGCAGGUGUGAGCUUUGGGACAUACAAUCUUGCCAUAGUCUCACAGCUUCAGGAAAUUUUUGAUGCAGAUUGGAACUCCCCUUACACAGUUCCAGUUGAACCAUUAGAUGGACCCAUGGUUUAUUCAAGCCAAUAAACUCUUGAGGAGUCAUCUAAGCUAGCAACGAGAGAAUUUUUUACAGCAAAUGGCUGCAAAUGUCUUUCCAGCCAUAGAGGUUUUAAGAUAGGCAUCGAAUUGAGCAUCAUAACCUGACUGAUUACAUGUACUUUUGUUAUCUCUAGUAACUUGGAAUUCAUUUUAUUUUAUUU